GCAAAACGAUAAUUGAAUGACGUCGGUCUUUUGUCUAUGCUUUUAAGAUGAUCUCAAGAUUAGUCACACUUCAAUAAUCAACUUCAGUAAUCAACUCGCUAUUUAAAUGUAGCACCACAAGAGUAGUGAUGCUCAGUUUGGUUGCAUGACUGAGAACAGGCCAUGAACACGAGAAGUUGUGAUUGAAAUUGACAUACGAUUUUUGUUUUCAAAAAAUCUCGUAUUAGACGUAUAUUGUAUUGGCACAAGACUUACCUUUAUUUUCGAACUUUGCAAAGAGGAGGUAAGAUUGAAAGAUUUCUCCUGCCUACAAACGAAAAAAUUUUUGUGGAACUUUGAAUAGCUUUGUGGCUUUCCCUGGUUACAUUAUUUUUCUUAUCCUCGUCGUCGAUUGAAUCUACCUAACUGGUCAUACUCGAAGGCUACCCGAACUACGCGCAAGCGUUACCUGAAGUACAGUAACCUGAGUCAUUCAACAGCUCGCCCCAGGACCUCGCCUGAAACCUUGGAUCAAAAUGGCGGCUGCGGCUUGUGCAAUUCCGGUGGUAGACUUCAGUGCCAUGAGCCUUAAAAACAAUGAUCCUCCGGACAAAAACAGUCAAGCAAUUAAAACCCUUGCUGAUCAACUUUAUCAAGCUUUUAGUACAAUUGGAUUUGUGUAUCUUAAGAACCAUGGAAUUCCACAAGAAGAGUUGGAUGCUGUAUUUAAAACAUUUGACAAGUUUUUUAGUCUAAGCCCUGAAGUGAAAGCAAAGUAUGCAAAGAAAAAAAUCACAUCACAACAUGUCUCAUCUCAAAAUGGUUGGGAUGCUAUAGAAGUUGAAAGAACAAGCCUAAACAGACCUGGAGACCUCAAGGAAUCUUUAGAUCUUGAAUCAUUUGAUGAUGGAACUUUUAACUGGCCUAGUGCUGAAGUACCACAAUUCAAGAGCACUGUGAGCUCUUUUUACAAGUCUAUGAGUGAUCUUGCAUUAAGGAUUCUCACUGUAAUGGCCAUUGGUCUUCAACUGGAACCCAACACAUUUACCAAGUUCUUUAAUAAGGUAGGAACCACUGAGGGUGCAGUUCAAAUGAGGUUUAAUGCUUAUCCCAAGAUAUCAGAUCUAAGUAAGGUCAAGCCUGGCCAGAUCAGAUGUGGUGAGCAUACAGACUAUGGUGCAAUUUCAGUCCUGUUUCAAGAUGACAUAGGUGGCUUGGAGGUACAAAAUGUCAAUGGCCAGUUUAUACCAGCCACGCCCAUGAAAGGCACAGUAGUGGUGAAUAUUGCAGACUUGAUGCAGAGAUGGACAGCUGAUAAGCUUAAGUCAACG